CACGGCUCCGAUUUCAAAACUUGCAGAUUUCAAAAAACGAAAUAUCUUCUUCACCAAAAAGUAAGAACCCCUCGUUUCACAGCACCAACGCAACUUUGCAUUAACCAAACAGACCUCAAAUUUUGAGAGAAAUUUCAGAAUCAGAGAAGCAACAACAAUAAAAAGAUCCGAAGGAAGAAGAAACUGCAUACAUACUUCGAAAGGGAUUCUUCAUUUCGUAUGAUAUCAGAGACGAUUGAGAGUUGAAAAUGGUCGAGAAAAUGGGUCACAGUGAUCAAUAUUCUGAUGCAAUUUCUUUACCUACAAAUUCAAUCAGGAAGAGGAAGUCACGGAGUAGACGAGAUCGAUCGACCGUGGCUGAGACUCUUGCUAAGUGGAAAGCAUAUAAUGAAUGUUUCGAUUCCAGUAAUGAUGGUGGCAAGCUAAUCCGUAAAGCUCCAGCUAAAGGAUCUAAGAAAGGAUGUAUGAAAGGCAAAGGAGGACCCUUAAAUUCACAUUGCAAUUACAGAGGUGUGAGACAGAGGACUUGGGGCAAAUGGGUUGCGGAGAUUCGUGAACCCAAUAGAGGAAGUAGGCUUUGGCUUGGUACUUUCCCUACUGCCAUUGAAGCCGCUCUUGCCUACGACGAGGCUGCAAGGACGAUGUACGGUCAGACUGCUCGUUUAAACCUUCCCAACAUUAAAAACAGAGGGCAGCUACAGGGGAUUCUUUUGGAGGACUACUUGGGGCUGCGUAAUUCGGAUUCUUCAACCACUACUUCUACGUGUUCCGAGUCCACUACUACGACUUCAAACCAAUCUGAGGUCUGUGUGCCUGAGGAGUUCACGGUGAGGCCACAACUUGUUCCCUUAAACGUUAAGAGUGAAGAUGGAGAAGGAGAAUCGAGGACCGGGGAUCAUGGCGAUGAGACUGCAACACCGAUGUGCUUAGAGAAUCAAGUGAAACAUGAGGAUUGUAAUGGUCAGACAGCUGCAUUAGUGGCUGAGUUUCCUUGUUUGGAUCAGUUGCAAAACUUUCAAAUGGCUGAAAUAUUCGAGCCAAGGACGGGGCCUCAGACAGGUCCUAUGUUGACGCCAUUGAGCUUAGAGAAGCAAGUGAAGGAUGAAGAUCUGGAUGCUGUAUAUCGUGAACGGAGUGAUGAUCAAGCAGUCUUAUCAGAAGCUGGGAUUUCAAGUCUAUAUGAUUUACAGAACUUUGAAAUGGAUGAAAUGUUUGAUGUGGAAGAGCUUCUAAGCCUCAUAAGUAGUGAUUCCUUCCAUGAUCCAACAAACAUCUUGAAGGGCAAUGCAGAUGGUUAUACGAGCUUGGUGCCUUCUCAAGUUGGCAGUAUCGGGUCUGAAAAGCCACCAAAUUCGUCAUACCAAAUGCAAAAUCCUGACGCUAAGCUUCUCGGAAGUCCGCAACAAAUGGAGCGAACUCCAGCGGAUGUUGACUACGGAUUUGAUUUCCUGAAGCAGGGAAGGGAGGAGGAUCUGAAUGCGGCAGCAGAUGAUUGUGUUAGAUACCUGAACGAAAUUGGUGAUUUAGGAUUUUGAUGGGCAAUUUUUCGGUUGAUGGUUCAGAAGCAUUUUCUUUUCUUUUCUUUUAAAAGAACACACGUAAAAACAUUGCUGACUCUGUAUUGUGUUUGUGUAAAAUACUUUUAGUAUUUGGAGCCGACAAAUUCUUCAUAGGUUUUAGUUUUGGAGGAUGUGUCGGGCUUUUCUGAUAAGUGAUUUACAUACCGAGUUAAUUACAUGUACCUGACAAUGUUUUUUGAGUUAGUAUAAUAAAUUUUGCCUGGGUCUGGCUUCUUCAUUCCA